GCCGCCGCGUCGGCUAAGACGCCCAAGCUCCCGCUAACGGUCGACAAGCCGACGCCGUACUACUUCGACCUGGGCCUGCUGCUGGCUAACGACCCGAACCCGCUGGCGCUGGACCGGGCCAACAUGGAGGACAGCCUCGCAGCAGUAGCGCGGGACGGGGCGCAGGUGCUGAUCAACCAGCUGCUGACAGCAUGCCCCAUCUCGGCGACGUCGGAUGGGGUGCUGCUGUCGCUGCCGCCGCCGUCGACGGCGCUGCCGCGCGAGAAACCGGUGCCGGCGGCCAAGGCCGAGACCAAGUGGGCGGCGUUCGCCAAGCGCCGGGGCAUUGCGCCCAAGUCGCGCGAGCAGCGGCGCAACCUGCAGUUCGACCAGGAGACGGGCGAGUGGGGCCGUAAGUGGGGUUACAAGGGCGCCAACAAGGCCGGCCAGGACGACGCCAUCAUCGAGGUCAAGUUCAACUCCAAGAAGGAGGCCGAGCGGCCCGAGGGCACUACCGUGCGCGGCGACAAGCGCCGCGAGAUCCGCGAGCGCGUCAAGCGCAACGACCGCCGCAUGCGCAAGAACCAGCGGAACACGGAAGGGAGGAAGUGA